AUGAGUUUUCGGGCGCAGGAAGGCCCGCGAUGGCGAGGAAGUAGUCCAUUCGGACGGGAGCAGGGCACUCCAUCACCAGGACCACCGCCGGGACACGCAAGAUCCAAGUCGAGCAUCAUGCAAUCACCGCUGUCACCCGCAUCCCCAACUGGACACUCGCGCAACCAGUCUCUGUCCGAUCUGGGGGCAAUGGGACUUACGAGGAGCGACUCAACAAGGUUUCGGUCUGGAUCAGUACGCGGCAGCACACCUACCGGGACCUUUGCGCCGAAGUUCAUCAAGCAAGAGGGAGGAGAUGGCGCAGAUGACCGAGUUCGAGGCAUCGAAGGCGAGAAUGACCUGACCGGAAAGAGAUAUGUUUGGUUACGAGAUCCGCAAAAGGCGUUCACCAAGGGAGAGGUCCUCGGUGAAUUGCAAGAUGAUGUGCUCAAGAUCCAGUGCGACGAUGGGAGUAUACGAGAAGAGCACGUGGGGAACGUCGACAAAGUCAACCCUGGCAAAUUCGAUAAGGCAGACGAUAUGGCCGAGCUCACGCACCUCAACGAACCCAGCGUCGUCCACAACCUGCAUCAGCGAUACCACUCAGACCUCAUCUACACCUACUCGGGCCUGUUCUUGGUCACGGUGAACCCGUACACACCGCUUCCGAUUUACGGACGAGACUAUGUCAACAUGUACAAGGGGCGGAGUAGGGAGGAUACGAAGCCACAUAUCUUUGCAAUGGCCGACGAAGCGUUUCGGAACUUGGUUGAUGAAGGAGUCAACCAGUCCAUCUUGGUGACUGGAGAGUCCGGCGCUGGAAAGACUGAGAAUACAAAGAAGGUCAUCCAGUACCUUGCAUCAGUCGCUACCUCAGAUACGCCUCGAGCGAAGUCUGGCAGCCGGCAGCACUCUAACCUUUCGGAGCAAAUAUUGCGCGCCAAUCCUAUCCUGGAGGCAUUUGGUAACGCUCAAACGGUGCGGAAUAACAACUCGUCACGUUUUGGAAAGUUCAUUCGGAUCGAGUUCACAAGAUCUGGUCAGAUCGCUGGAGCUUUCAUUGACUGGUACCUGCUGGAGAAGAGUCGAGUCGUGCAUUUGAAUGCACAUGAGCGGAAUUACCAUGUUUUCUACCAACUUCUACGAGGCGCCGACCGCAACAUGCGCAAAGACUUCCUAUUUGGCGACAUGGAGAUGGAAGACUUCGAAUACACGAGACGCGGCAACGACACCAUAUCAGGCGUGUCAGAUCAGGACGAAUGGAAUUCGUUGCUGGAGGCCUUCCAUAUCAUGAACUUCUCGGACAAGGACCAAAGAGUGGUAUUGCAGACUAUCGCGGCGGUACUGCAUCUCGGCAACGUAGCAGUCAGGAAAGAGAGCCUAAGGGCCGACCAGGCCUCGCUCGCACCGGAAGGUGAAGACGCGGUCAAGAGAACGUGCCAUCUCCUUGGAAUCAAUCCAGAUGCUUUCACGAAAGCUCUGCUUCACCCGCGGGUCCGAGCGGGACAUGAAUGGGUGGAAAAGGUGCAAACUCCUGAACAAGCUCGACUGUCAAUCGAUGCGUUGGCGAAGGGCAUCUACGAGCGUGGGUUUGGAGACUUGGUCAACCGUAUCAAUGGACAACUCGAUAGGAACUCUUCUGGCAACUACUCAGAUGACACCUCCUUCAUCGGUGUGCUCGAUAUUGCUGGCUUCGAGAUCUUCGACGAAAACAGCUUUGAACAGCUGUGCAUCAACUACACCAACGAGAAGGUGCAGCAGUUCUUCAACCAUCACAUGUUCGUGCUCGAGCAGGAAGAGUAUGCGCGGGAGCAGAUCGAGUGGAAGUUCAUCGACUUUGGACGAGAUCUGCAACCAACCAUUGACCUCAUUGAGCUGCCCAACCCCAUCGGUAUCUUCUCUUGCCUUGACGAGGACUCUGUAAUGCCCAAAGCCACCGACAAGAGCUUCACAGACAAGCUGCAUUCGCUUUGGGACCGGAAGACGCCCAAGUACAAGCGAUCACUGCUCAACCAAGGUUUCACGCUCACGCACUACGCAGCUGAGGUCGAGUAUUCGACAGAAGGCUGGCUCGAGAAGAACAAGGAUCCGCUGAACGACAACAUGACAAGGCUCUUGGCUGAGUCCAGCAACAAGCAUGUCGCUUCGCUUUUUGCAGACUGUGCGGAGGUCGACGAGACCGACGGCGCGAGUCGCAGCAGGGUGAAGAAGGGCCUGUUCCGGACUGUUGCGCAGCGUCACAAGGAGCAACUAUCGACACUCAUGAAUCAACUGCACUUGACCCAUCCUCACUUCGUCCGAUGCAUCCUGCCCAACCACAAGAAGAAGCCCAAGCAAUUCUCUGCGCCCCUCGUUCUCGAUCAGCUGCGCUGCAAUGGUGUCCUCGAGGGCAUCAGAAUCGCCAGGACCGGCUUUCCCAACCGCCUUCCCUUCGCUGAGUUCCGCGCACGCUACGAAGUCCUCUGUCAGAACAUGCCGAAAGGCUAUCUCGAAGGACAGGCAGUCUGCAGAAUCAUGCUGGAGAAGCUCAACCUCGACCGCAGCUGGUACCGAGUGGGCCUUACCAAGGUCUUCUUUCGUGCUGGUGUGCUGGCCGAGCUGGAAGAGCAGCGCGAUGCGCUCAUUCGCGACAUCGUUGUACGGUUUCAAUGCAUUGCUCGUGGUUUUGUAGUCAGAAGGAUGGCACACAAGCAGCAGUAUCGCGCGGAAGCUACACGGAUCAUACAACGGAACUUCCAGGUGUACCUGCAGAUGCAGGCGAAUCCUUGGUGGAGGCUGUUUGUCCGCAUGAGACCUUUGCUCGGUGCCACGAGGCAGUCGAAUGAGGUCAAGAAGCGUGAGGAGGAGAUCAAGAAACUACACGACAAGAUGGAGCAGGAGGAACAGAACAGGGCAAAGGUGGAGGAGGAGCGCAGGAGAGCAGAAGGCGAGAUCCAACGGAUUCAGCAUACCUUGGAGAGCGAGCGUGCUUUGGCCUUAGAUAAGGAAGAGAUCUUCCGUCGCCUUCAGGAUCGGGAAGCUGAGCUCACCGAGAAGCUUCAGGGUGCUCUGGACGACCAAGAUAGCCUCGAAGGCCAGGUUGAUGAGCUGAUGGCGGCUCGGAAGGCAGCUGAGGAGCAGGCGGAAGAACGUCUCUCGCAGCUUGAGCAUGCCGGCCAGAUCAUUUCCAAGCUUGAAGACGAGAAGAACGACCUCACCGACCGGAUUGUGGAGCUUGAUGCGCAUUUAGAAGAGGUCGAGAAGACCAAGUCGAUGCGCAGCGAGCAGGAAGAGGCUCUUCAGCAGGAGAUUCGCAUGCUUCAGAGCCAGCUGAGUCUGAAGGAGCGGAAGCUUGGUGAACUGGAAGCGAAGCAGCUCAAGAAUGACCAAGAUCUGGACAUCAAGCUCGCGAAUGCCAACAAGGACCUCGCAGGGUCGAAGAAGCAGAUCCGCGACCUACUUGAUGAGAACAGAUCCAUUCGCCAGCAAAUGUCCGACCUCUCGACAACAUCCGCACGCUUCGAGGACGUCAUACGCCGGAAAGACAGCGAGCUUGCCAUCCUCAAGACCGACAUCAAGAAGUUUGGAGAUGACCGGAAGCGGUUCGAGGACGAGAAGCACUCGCUCACGACCCGGCAUGACAGCGUCCAGAACCAGCUGCGACAGGUCCAAGCGGAGAUGGAAGCCAUGAAGUCCCAACAUGCUCAGCUGGAGCGUGAGGCAGCCGAUGCUAAGAGAGCUUUGGAGGAGCAGACUUCUGCAAAUGCCCAGGUGGAGAUACUCGAGGCGCAACUGCACGACAUCAAGGGCGAGCUGUUCCAGACUCAAACCGAUCUCAACAAGGAACGCCAGUCGAGAGACGAUGUCAAGCAGAUUGCCGAAGCUGAGUUUGAGAGCCUCAAGCGGGAGCUAGACGACCUGCAUGAGUCGAAGGUCACCAUCGAGAAGGAGAUGUACAAUCAGUCCGACCUGACCAGGCGUGCUACUGAAGCUCGUGAGACGGCGGAGAGCGAGCGCAAGGAGUAUCAGGCAGAGUUGCAAGGCCUCAGAAAGAAGUUCAUCGAACUUCAGGAAGCUAAGAUCGAGGUUGAGGCUACCGUAGAGCGGAACGUCAACAAGCAGGCUAACGAACGUCUCGCUGUCAUCAAGAACGAAUUGACCGAGAAGACACAUCAGGUGGCAGACCUGGAGUCCGAUCGUGGCCAGUUGUCGACUGAAGUACAGAAGUUGAAGCGAUUCAUCGCCGAGUCGGACAACUUCAAGCUACAUCACGACCAGGAGAAGCAGCGUCUCGAGCGUGAGCUUGUGACGAUCAAAGGCCGCUUGACAGCUUCCGAGAACGACAACCGCGCUCUGUUGAACAAGGUCCAGCAGAAGAACCUCGACAUCGCUCGAUCGAACUCAAGAGUCAGCGACACGCAGCGCUCGCGCAUCUCACAGCUGUCACAGGACAAGUCGAAGUCAGACGAGGAGCUUAAGAAGUUGCAACGACAGCUCAAUGAUGCACAGCUCACCAUCACCUCUUUGGAGAAGCAGAAGGAGAAGCUUGCUUUGAACCUGGAGGAUCUCAAUCAUGAAGUCAACCGCGAGCACAAGACAACUCGUAGCGCUGAGCAGCAAUCUUCCGCUGUGAACCUGCAACUGGCUGAGGCGAACCGCAAGCUUGAGACUGAGCGGCAGCUGCGCACGCAAGCACAGCAGAACACUCGCACGGUGCAGGCAUCAUUUGACCAGGCCAACCAGGAACUCAACGAGGCUCAUGAACAGUUGCACCUCUUGCAGAAGGUGUUCGACCCUGAGAACGACAGGUCGAUGCCCUCACUUGAUGGCACCAAACCCGACUUGAAGCGCACCAUCGAUCUCGCGCAGAAGCUCGAAUCAUCUGAGCAGGCACUGCGACUAGCCACCGACCGAUUCUCCCGCGCUGAGGCCCAGCUAGAAAGCCUUCGGUGCCAAUUCCAAGACGACUUACAGGAGAACGACUCCCGACACCACAACUCGAAGCGUGCGAUGCUUGAGGAAAUGAAUGCAGGACAGGUUAAUGCCCGUUCCUCGCCUUCCAACUUUCGCAGAGACUUCGACGGUCGGAAGAGUUUCACGCCUACCAACAACCAGGAGCGCAGCACGCCGACCAACCAGCGACAUAUCAGCAAGGCGAGCAAUGACUCUGCUCGGUCGGAUCGGACAGUCGACACCGUGACGUACAACAACCGCAUGGAUAUGGCUGCCGAGCUCGAGAUGGUGCAGAAUCAGCUACAGAUGUCUGAGAUGCGCAAUCGGCAUUUGCAAGCCCAGGUGGAGCGUACGCCUUCUCGUAACAACCUUCACGACGACAGCCCGUCGAUCCGACGAGUUCAGAAGCUUGAGCGGGAGAACUUCAGAUUGCACGACAUGCUCGACGACUCCGCCAAGAAGGUCUCGGCGCUUGAGCAAAGCAUCAGAACCGGCCAGCUUUCUUUCAAGGAGGUGCAGACAAAGAGCCAUGAGGAACUAUACGACCUUAUCAACUCCCAGGAGCAGUCCCGCCGCUCGCUGCUGACUUCGCACAACGCUGCAAUCGCCGAGCUGGCUGAUGCGAAGACGGCAUUUGACGAGAUCAAGCAUGCGAAAAACUCGUCGGACGUUGAGCUGCGCGACGCGAAGUCUGAGCUCGAAGACCUGAACUAUGAGAGAGAUCAGGAGGCUGCGAACCAUUCGCAGUUGUUGCAGGAGUUCUCCGACAUGCAGAUCCGCCUCGACACCGAGUCUUCGAAGCUGAAUGACAUGACUUCUAGUCUUGAUCUGUACAAGGCCAGGGCAGACGAGUAUUUCGCGAAGCUGGAGCAGGCCGAGAUUGCUGUUCUCAAGGCAUCUCGCGCUGAGCAAUUUGCAAAGACGCAAGCGAGGGAAGCGGAGGAGACAUGUGCGACCAUCAUGUCCGAAAGGAAGAACCUGGAUUCGGAGCUGGAGAGCCUCCAACGGCAGAACCAGCAGUACGACGAGAGGCUCGAAGACAUGGCGACAGAUCUCGAAAGUGCCGUGCAGGCGAAGAAGCGUCUGCAGAAUGAGCUGGAGGACUACCGCUCGCAACGGGCUAUUGACCUGGAGGACGGCGAGACCUCGCUGGACCAGACGAGGCGGAAGUACCAGUCCGAGUUGGCCAAUCUCAACAACGAGCUUGAGAUUGAGCGCGAGAACACCAUCCACGCCCGCGGCGAGAACGACCGACUGCGCGAUGAGUUGGACGAGCUUCGCGGCAAGUGGGAUGACGAGGUACUCAACAGUUCGACUUGGGCGAAAGAGAAGUCGCGGCUUGAGGUUGCACUGCAAAGUCUGUCCGACUCUCGCGACGAGGCUGUAUCGGCGCACCACGAGGCGCAGAGCAAGACCGUCGAACUGCUUGGCCAAGUGCGCAAUCUUCGCACGAACUACGACGACGUCGCUGCUGAGCGAGACCUCCUGAUGAAGGACAAGAAGGGCCUGGAGGCUCGUCUGACAGAAGCGUCAGAUCGCCUUCAAGAACUUGCGAAGAGCGGAUCACCUUCCAAGCGAGAUGCUGCGAAUGCGGAUCGUGAACUACUUGACCUCAAGUCGAAGCUCGCGCAUCAGGAGGAUGUGGCCUCGGCGGCGGUUGGCAAGAUGCGCCGUGCGGAAGGUCUGGUGCAGGAAGUCCAGAAGGAUAUCGCAAAUGCCCGCGAGAACAGCGUGCAAGUGCACAAGGAGAAGGCGAACGUUGAGAAAGCGCUCAAGGACUUGCAGCUAAAGUACAUCGACCUUGAAACGCGAGGGUACUCCAGCGGCAGUAAUGACGUUCGAUUUUACGCCAACAGGGUACAGAUCCUUGAAACCGAGCUCGAACAGCUCCAGCAGACCCGCGCCACCGAGGCUCGCAGCGUCCGUAAUGUGGACCGCACAGUCAUGGACCUCAAGUCGCAAAUCGAGCGUCGGGAGAAGUCGAUGCAGAUGCUGUCGGACGACCUCAAUAAAUCGCGCGACAAGACUGAGCGCCUGCUGCAGACGAUCGACGAACUCCAGGCCUCUGACUCUUCGGCGCAACUAUCGGCAAAGCGGGCUGAGCGCGACUUGAGAGAGGAGAGAGAAAAGACGCUCCGCGUGGAACGGGAGUUGGAAGCUACGCGCAACGCUCGCAACGAGCGCCUGAGCAACGGACGACCCGGUACCCUGGCCGCUCUCAGUGACAUCGGGGGCAGUAGACGAGGGAGCUACGCCCUUCGCCCCGAAUCGCAAAACGGCGAUGUGAAGAUCGAAGUCCCGCAGCGGACGAGCAGUUUAUCGAAGGGUUUUUUGUGA